AUGAGUCUUUCAUUUUUCGCGAGCUUGUCGAGAUCCGCCUGGAGAAGAUCUACCAGCAGGAGGCAGAAGUCAAGCGACAGAAGUCGCAAGCCAGUCUUGGAGGUAAUUCCAAUCCAGAGCAGGAUGCGGACGUGUCGAACAAAGCAGAGGCUGGCCUCAGAGGAAUUCUGACCGUCUUCGCCGUCGCGGGAAGAGACUGUUACGUAAGGGUGAGUCUGGAGCCGCACCUGAUCCCUUCUCAACUCGUGGAGCUGGGCAGCACGCCACACACCGCAGGAAAUUCGCCUCAAGCCCGACCGCCUGCUAUGAAACGCAAGACUCUUCCGCGAGGCAUCCGUGAGGUGAAGGAUUUCAAGGUGCUUUCCGUCCAGUGUAUGCGGGAGCUCGAGUUGUAUCUGCACAAGAGGCUCUUCAUGAAGGAUCAGGUGAUCGUCCAUCAAGGCACUGACUUACAAGAUGUGUAUGUUCUGCAGCAGGGUACUUGCGAGGCCAAAGUGUUUGGGGCCAGCUUCGAAAUCAUGAAAGGCCACUGCGUCAUAGGCGGCCUCCCAUCGGUCCUCACAAAGAAAGUGUUUACGACUGUGGUCGCCACGGAACCUUGUUUUGUCGUGAAGAUCUCACAGAGACACUUCAACGCGAUGUUGGACAAGUAUCCGGACGAUCGCAAGAAGCUGUUUGCUGCUGCCAACCGUGCCUUCAGCACGAUGUGCGACGACUUCCAACAGAAUGUGUGGAUCGCACAGGCUUUCCAGGAGCAACUCGGUGCAAUGCCGUGUCUUGCUGGUGCCGGUGUGGAGUUCCUGGCAGCUUUAGCUCAUGUUUUGGAGCCACGGCUUCUGCUUCCGGCGCAGGAGAUCUUUCUGGCCAGCGGCAAGGAAGACUCUCCAGAUCUCUACUUCGUGUUCGAAGGACAUUUCCACUGCUUGCAAAAGGGAGCAGUGAUGGGGACCAUUUCGCCAAAGAUGGUUUUCGGCGUCUUGGAAGUCUUCGGAAUCAACGACGUCUCCAGCGACAUGAGGAUUUAUUCCGACGAGAUUUGCAAGGUUGGGGUCCUGACACAAGCGCAGCUCUGCGACUUGCUGCACGAGUUCCCACAGGAAAGGGGCAAGUUCGAAAAGCUUGUGCACAGUCUCAUGGAAGACAGUGUAAACCACCACCUCGUCAUGUUGCCAUUCCUCUCCGGCUUGAACAAUCAACAGAUCCUGACGGUUUGCCAUUUGUUGGACAGGAGGUUUCUGCUUCCGGACGUCACGAUAGUGAAAGAAGGAGAUGGCGGCGACUUCAUGAUGGUACUGAACUGUGGCAAGGUUGAGGUUCUCUACAAGGACGUGAGCAUGGGUAAGCUUCUGGCGGGAAAGGCAUUCGGCGUAAGCCAAAUGAUGGGAUUACAUACUCGCUACCAUGCCACCUUGAAGGCGAAGAGUACUUGCCACAUUCUCUUGAUCUUCUGGCACAUGUUGAGCGGCCUGAUCAGCACUGCCGCGGACUUGACCUGGGUGCAAGCCAUGAGGCGUCAGGCGCAGGAGAUCUACGACUCUGAAAGCGCAGGUUUCGCUCGCAAGCUACAGCAGAAGUCGAACAUGGCACGAUCAAGGCAUCUCCUGAUGGACAAUGUCAACAUCGUCACGGGGCUUUGGAGCUUGCGUGACAUACUGCAGGAGUGGUACCAGGUGGCCAGAUCGGGGAUCCUGUCAGGACGGGAUGACUCAAUGACGCAGGCUGCGUCACCCAUGCAGAGACAGACUACGGCGAUGUCAACAGGGGGAGGCGGAAGGCUUCCUACGGUAGAAGCCUCUGCCUUUCCGAAUAAACACCGCGGGAUGGCUGCCCGACCUGUACGCUUCAACCAGAACCUGCGGUGGGCCGAUCUGCCACGGAGCAACUGCAAGAAGGAGUUUCUGAAAUGGGAGCUGCAGUCGGGACGCUUGGACAUAUGGAAGGGCUUCACCGGGUCUGCCUGGCUCCACACAGUGCGGGAUGAAGUGGUGCAGGAAGGAGGACGACACAAGUGA